CUUAUCUUUCGUAAUUCAGGAACUUAAUCUUGGCAAAAAGAAGAAAACGAGGAAAGUGAUAAAACUUGAUGAUGAUGAGCCUCAAGCUACGCCGGACACAAUGCUCAAACUUGGAGGGAGAAAGAAGAAGAAGGUAAAGGUUGAAGAAGACGAAGAGAAAAGGGAUGAUGGCAUCACGGAUUUAGGUACGAUUUUUGGGUUCUUCGGUCUAUCUUUGAUUUUUAUCCAUUGUUUUAUUUACGGUAUCGGUAUUGGGAUAUCAAAUCUUAUCGAUGCUACCCGACCGUGGCCUGAUUAUACCUACGACGAAUGCUUAACGCUAGUUUUCAACAUCAUGCGGGAAAAGAAUCCCGAACUUUCGGGUGAAAAGAAGAAGUUUGCCAUGAAGCCGCCAGAGGUAGCUCGGGCAGGCAGUAAGAAAACCGCAUUUUCCAACUUUGCAGAAAUUUGUAGGUUAAUGAAACGCCAGGAUAAGCACGUUCUACAGUUCCUUCUCGCUGAGCUUGGUACUACUGGUUCUAUUGAUGGUAACAAUUGCCUUAUUGUGAAGGGUCGGUUCCAACAAAAACAUUUCGAAAGUGUGCUGAGGAAAUAUAUUAAGGAGUACGUCAUGUGCCAUACCUGUCGUUCAUCAGAUACGGAGUUAACGAAAGACACCCGACUCUUCUUCCUGCAGUGUCACACGUGCGGGUCCCGAUGUUCCGUGACCGCAAUCAAAAGCGGAUUCACUGCCAUGGUUGGCAAGCGAGCGGCAGCUCGUCGGGCCGCUGAAGCCACGGCCGGAAAGUGA